AUGAAAUUUCUCAUUCUGCUCACUCUAAUUGCAGCUCCGGCUUGGGGAUUCCGGAGAGGUCACAUCAGUGAGCUACCAGGCCAUAUUCGAUCUUCUUUCGAUACCCCUGAUCAUGGUCCUUUAUUAGGUACCGAUUUUGUUUUUGCUAUCCCCAACAGUCAUUUAUCUUCCACUGAUCAGAGUUAUACAGAAACUUUGACUUUAACCAUUACAAACCCGGGAACGACUGAUGGCUCUAUCACAGUGUAUAGUAGUGAUCCCGACUUCGUUAAUGUCACCGUCGCGAUUACUAAACAGUCAUCUUCUACGGUGAAUAUCACCCCUCCUACUUUGCAAACAAAUUAUAUGGACCUGGGAAACGGAAAAACUGUUUAUGAUAGAAAGGCUUUGUUUGUAGCUUCCAACACCCCCGUCUCUUUGGUUGUUUCCAACUUCCGCACAGAUGCUAAAGGUGGAGAUACUUUUGCUGUUAUUCCAACUUGCAAUUUGGCUCAACAGUAUUUCAUGAUUGGAGACCAAUCUAUCCCUAACCAAUUCAAAGCAAACUACACGAAUAUAAUCACUCUCGUAGGAGCCAAGCAGAACGCCACUGUAAAGUUGGGCGGUUUGUUAGCAUCUUCAAUAGAAAUCGGACCUGGAGAUACAGUUACAAUUGCUACCAACCUCUAUGUGAACUCAGUUAUCAUCAACAGUACCGCUCCAAUUGCUGUUUUCUCUGCUAAUGUUUGUGGAUACAGCCAUGUUAAUCCUCAGGCUUGUAGUUAUGAAGCAGCUAUGCUUUUCCCAACUAGAUCUUGGGGGGCAUUUGUGCCUUUCUACAAACUUUUGCCUGAAGAUACUGGAGAGGUCAUUGUCCGGUUCCAGUAUGAUAAAACAUACCUCUUAAUCGAUAAUGAGGUUUAUCACACAAAGCCUUUCUAUAGUGAUGAGUACGUUGCUCUCAAUAUUACGAGUGGUGUAUACUUACAAGGCAGUAGCCCUAUCGAUGUCACUGCUAUUGGAAAUAUCGCCAAUAGUGGUUUGGGAGCUCCUUUCUUCUUGCACGUCCCGUCUUCCAACAAUUUCAUCACAAGGGAUUUAACUUUCGCCACUGGAUUGGAUAAGAGCCCUAUGACCACUCAUGUAGUUCGAAUCACCACCGACAUUAACUAUAUCGGAUCUUUUAGUGUCGAUGGAUAUGCCCCUAAUCCUUUACUUUAUAGAAGAAUGGGAUUCAGUGAUUACUAUUUUGUCGACGUCAAAGUAACUGCUGGACAACACACUAUCAGUAAUCCCAAACUUCAACCCUACAGUGCUGUCGUUUAUGGAUAUGGUCCUGACCAAUCUUAUGCUUUCGCUCCUGGAGUUUACUUGCUUCGUAAGUGA